AUGGAUUCUACUCCAAAGUCAUCUAAAGGUCGCAAGCUACCAUCUCCUAAUGGACAAAACCCAAAAAUGACCGUGAAUAGUGGAAGAAGUUACACAAGGCAUGACAAACAAGAGGAAGCGGUGGGUGAGAUGGACGUGCUUAGUGCAUAUGUACCAGGUGAGGGGCUCUUUUAUGCACCAUGUAGUAAAAGAUUUGUAUUUACUUUACAUCUCAACUUGUGUGUUUUUACUUAUUAUCCACCCGUUUAUAAGUAAUCACGAGAAGUGUUCACUAUCAUACUGUGUAUUAUUUUGCUAUGAAGUCUUCGGCUGCGUAUGGAAUUUGCACAGCGGCGAACACUAUUUUCCUGUGAUAUAAUUAUCCUACAUUUGUAUUUUGAGUUAAGUUAUUAUUUAAGUGAAGCUAAGGGAUUUAUCUUAGUGAGAAUGUCGUAGAAGAUAAAUCAUCAAGAGUGGAUCAAACGUGGUUAAGUGGUCGCCUAGAUAUUGAAAACUCCUUUUAAAACUACCAGUCCGUUUUUUCUUAGCUUGCUAAUUACUGCUGUUGAUUUUUAUAGUGGCUUCUGAGAAAAAAAUGACACUAAAUUAAUUACAUUGUUACUAUGCUCCUUUAGGCAUGUAUUGAAAGUAUAAAAAAAUCAAUGGCAAAAAAUUAGAAUAGUACGUGGGAAAUGGGAAUGAAAAGAAAUAAAACCUGCACACACACAAACAGUGCUUAAUACUUUAGCAGACAUUUCAAUAAAUGCUGGUUGCCGGCAGUUUAUUGUCACUUAUGAGACCUCUAAUCACCGUUUGUUUUGGCUUGUAAGCAGGAUCUUGUGUGAGGGUUUUUCCCUGCACAGCUGCCCACUAUUUCACCAAUGGCAGCCCUGUAUGAAAAAAGUUAUUGAAACCCCUGGCUUAAGCAGUAUCUCCAGGAGAUCCAAUCUUUAAGAGGUGUUGUCAAAUUUAUGCCCCUUCAGAAGAAAUAAUUGAGCAUCUAAAAAUCCAAUUAGACUUAACUUUUUGAAGCCGGUUGACUUUCCCUACAGAUUGUGUGAUUUAUUUCUUGUAUAGGUUGUUGGUUGGCUGGUUUAAUUGACUGAUUGAUCAUGUGUUUUUGCAGACUGAUUUCCCAGUUUGUAUUUUUGUUUAUUGUUGGACAGGAUAAGGGCAAACAACUGCACUUAUCCUUUAUUUUUAGUGGGUCUGUAUGAAGGAAUAAAAAUGUAUUAAAAAUUUUUUAUCACUUCUAUUUCAGAUCCUGAGGAGCCUCCAACCAGGGAUGUGACGAGCCAAUCCAAAUCUGGUGUGGCUUAUUUAACAGAGAACCUGAUCAAGAGAUUAACAAAAGAAGAGAAUGUUUCCCAAGUAACAUCUUUACAUGUAACGUUAGGAAAGGACCUCAACAAGAAAAUUAAGGUACAUAUCUGAAAAAAUCAUAUGUAAAAAAAUCAGCAUACUAGAGCACUUUCAAUCUUCUUAACAUCCUUUCUACCUUUUGAUAUGCUUUAAUCCUUUACACCCUAACAUCAGUAUCUAUAUUCUCCAUACUGUUCUCUAUACAUUUUCUAAGGUGCUGACAGGGAGAAUUUGUUAAGCAAUCAAGAGCUUCUUUUGCUGCAUGGUGUUAAUUUCCUUUGUUUCCAUGACCUUAAUGUGCAUUUUGUAAGGAAAAACUAGAUGCCAGUCACCCUUAGAGGUUGAAGGGUUUAGAUAUUCUGAGUGUCUCAGUGUACGUGUAUGUGUUAACAUGUGCUUGUGGUAGUACAGUGUCUCUUGAAUUAAAGAUCUUCUAAAUGAGGUCCUAGCUGAUAGAAUAUCACAAAGAUCCCAAAAGACACAUGAGUUUUUAUGCAGUUUUUUUCCUAGAGAUAACCUAAUGCAGAACUUUAAUUGAAAUAGUGACUUGACAGAAUACAACAAAACUAGUAAAAAGUAUGAAAUAAUUAGCUGUAUACCUUUUUGUUUCUAUUCAGUACAUUGAAAACUUGGAAAGUCUUAGGAAACUUAUUUAUUUGAACCUGAACAACCACAUGAUUGAGAAGAUAGAAAAGCUGGAUCAUUUAACACCGCUCAGAGAACUUCACUUGGCAAACAACCGUAUUUCAAAGAUAGAAGGUGUUGACUGUCUGGUACAUCUGACUGUUUUGAACCUAAAUGGGAACUUGAUUGAAACUUUACCAGCUCCUGUUUUCAAGAAGCUUAGAGAACUACAGGCUUUUCACAUUGCAAAUAACAGACUUGCAAGUGUAAGUAGUAAUGGACCCUUCAUUAACUUGAUGUUGAGACUAUAUGUAUUUCUCCUUAUUAUUGUCUGGAAUUUCUCACAGAAUAUGAUUCUACUAAUUGGAAAUCAGGCUUCAUAAGAAAUAUUGAAAACUCUGCUCACACUGGGUGACUAGUCUGCCCGAUAACCCAGACCAGGACUGGGGAACCACUAGUGUCUCAAUCAUUAUGCAAUGCUGUACCUCAAAAUGUGUUUAGUUUAUCAAGUUUAGUCACAGGCAGUAACUGUUCACUUCCAAAAUAAAUGUGGUGUAAGUAAAACUACAUUAUGACCCUCUCAGGUUAUCUCUCCAGUUCUCCAUUUCCAUUCUAGAUAAUGUCCAGAUAUCACCAAUUGUUCUAACAUAAGACAAAGAGAGUAUUCAGGAAAAUUUCCUAUGCACCUCCAUGAAGUAAGAGGAUAGCACAAGUCUAGGGUUUGAUCAACACCAAUAUCUCCCUCCCCCCCUCUUCCCACAUAAAUUUCUACUGAGAGUAUGUAUUCACCCUCUAGGAUUUACUUCUAGAGUGCUUGAUCCAGAGAUACAGUAGGUAGUGCCUACACCCAGCAAUUGCCUUAUUAUUUCAACUAACUUUUUGCCCUGUUUUAUCCUACUGUAUAGCAUGUUGAGGUUACCAAACUGAGGCCUCUUCAAGAUCUGAACAAUUUUUCAAUGGAAGGCAAUCCAAUGGUAGACAUGGAACACAGUCAUUUGUUUGUGAUUUUUCAGCUGAGGUCUCUGAAUUAUUUAGAUGGAAAGAAGGUUUCUGAUGAAGACAGACAAAUGGCUGACAAACGAUAUGCUCAAGGUAAUUCUGUUUACUUAUAAAUUGUUUACUUGAUUGCAAUAAGCAAUAAGUGCCCAUCUUGGAAAGACAUAUGAGUUAGAGGAUUAAAUUGAUUUCAAGGGUUCAAAGUGCUGGGACUGACACAAAGUUUCUGUUUGUGGGAGGUUUCGUUUGAUUAUGGCUGGUCAACUUUUAUCAUAUAAUCCUGUACAGUGUAUAAUUUCAUGUGGUGAGUGAUGGUCUGACUUCAAGGGUUUGUUUUUAGAACAUAACCUGCAAAUGUAUUCUAAAAAGUUUUAUUUUACACGUGAAACUAACUUGUCUUGUGCCAUGCAACUGAAAUAAUUGCUCCCCUUUUUAAUGGAAUAUUACUUGUACAGUGUAUGAAUUUUUUCCAUCUUACACUCAAGUUAUGUUUUUUGGGUUCAUGUUUAUACUCCAGGGUGGUGUGAGGCACUGUGUAUUGUCUUGUUCAAGGAACUGUUACCUUUCUGUUUUGAGUCCAGUCCACUGGUGACAAGGCAACCUCUCUGGCAAUACUGCUGAUACUUACUUGCCUAUAGUUUGUAUAAGUUAGAGUUUUUCUUUUGUCUUUCUUAUAAAUGGAUUCUUCGUUUUUUUUGGUACUUUCCUAGAGGAGGUUAGAAGACUGGAGGGUGAAAUAAACAGGCACAAAAAAGAAUAUGAAGUACUCUUGGAAGAAAAUUGCCAAGCCCUUGAGGAGUUACAACAGCUGAAGAAGUUGAACUCUGAACAGAAAACUUACAACUUGGAUCAAUCACAGAAAAUUAAAGAGUAUCAAAGACAGCUUGAAGCCAAGGAAGAAUUGGUUUGUUAUUGUCCAUUUGUCACUGAGAGACACAAUUCAAAUAAAUCUCACAUUCUGAAAGAGUUUACACCAAAUAUCUAGCAUAUAUAAUUUUGAUUCAAGGUUUUAUUUGGAGAGAACAAGCUUCUUUGGUUUUCUUACCUGUUUUGUCUGUCCUCUUUUGUUUUUAGUUAGCCAGCAAGACCUCUGAACUUUCAAAAGCUUGUGAAAAGCAGUUCAAGUUGGAACAGGAACUUGCAUUUUAUAAGUUGGAUGCCAAGUUUGAACACCUUGGGAUGCUGCCACUCCCAGAGGGAGUUGAGGUAUGGCAGGCCGGAAAGGUCUUGUGGCCCAAGCACUGUCUUUGUUUACAAAGUUAUUCCAAGGUGACAGUUUCUGAUUAAUUUCUCAAUUUUUCCCCUUAAGUUUGGAGAUGGUGAAGAAGAUGAAAGCCCAUACAUUGGGAAAGCUCGGUUUAAACCAAACAAAUUUGCCAGGAAAACCGAUAUUAUGAGUGGUGAACAGCAUGCCCAGAUGACAACGCUACACUCAAGACCAAGUGAUAAGUAUGAUGACCAGAAUAAGCAGGUUCAGCAAGAAAUACAUGAUGCUUUGGUGCAAGAUUUGGAAGACAAAGAGAGAGCAAUAAAACAAGGUUUAUAUUUUAAACCUGACAGACAUGUUGACAGUUCAAUUAAUGCAAACCCAGGGAACUGGAUUUGUACUAGAUUUAUAUCCUGAAAUUAUCAUCAUAAACAGCCACAGUCAGCCCCACCUUCUAGAAACACCUCUAUUUGUACUUUAGAUGCUGUGGUACUUAAGGGACAGGUGCAAGAUAUCUCAGUGUAGAAGAAUUUUAAGGGAACAAGUAUUUCUUGCUAACACAGACACACUCGUACAAAAUUUCAGAUGCAUAGUUUAUGUGCCCCCAGAGAAGUACCUGUUGCCUAUGAACCAAGUCUACUGGUUGGUUAAUGUCGAUGAGUUGGUAGCGACAUUAGGAUUAGGUUCGAAUCCCCAGGGCGCACUUCUCUGGCAAAUGAGUAAACUCGUCUUGUGAUAGUCUUAUAAAACUUACUGUAUCUACAACAGCUCUUUGAAUAUCACACCUUUUCACGGAUAACAGCUUUAUUCACUUUACCAAAAAUGGAACUUAUAUCAAGAAAUGCAAAGAGCAAGGAAAUGACACGUGAAAUUGGGUGAUAUUGAUUACGCCCCAUUAGUUCAUCAAAUGUUGAUUACUUUGACAGCCGAGGAUGUUCUUGUGCAGUUGACUGAUCAGCUAAACAGGAGAAAAGCUCAGCUAAGGGAUGCAGGAGAUAAGCUUACAAUGCUUCAACAGGCCAUCAAUGAUCAGGUUUGACUCUUAGUAGAUAGCUGCUGCUAAGCAGUACAAAGAAAAUCAACCAAAAAAGUAAAGUGGACUUUCUAUCUCCUCUCUGAUCUCUCCAGGCACAUUUGUUAGGAGAUGAAGAAAGAAAACUUAUCGAUGCUAUUGCAGAUAAGAAAAACUAUGUAAGUGAACAAUUGUUUACUUCAGGCCUUUCUUUGAACUUCUUUACUACGAGAACGUCCUUUGCGAGGUAUUCUUACUUUUACAGAUACGACAACUUCAAGAAGUCGCGAAAGAGUUGGAGGAGCGCUUGAAAAACAUAUCAGAUGAAUUGAAACAGAGAGAGGCUGAGACCGAGAAGCUGAGACAGACCAUCAGAAAUACGCCCCCCAGUGACCCUGCAUACGUACGUACAUAUAUAUGAAAACACUUGUUUGAUUUGCCUUACGAGUGUGCAUUGGAUACGACGUGAAGAGCAACAUCAAAAUGUUUUUAUUAAGAGCAGUAAAAAGGCCUAAGGGAGGGACGGGAGGACGUUGGUGAACGAUUCACGAGUGACUUUUCACUUGUAUCUGAUUGGUCAAGAGGAUGGUACGAGUUUCUUAGACAAAUCGCAGAGCACAGUCAUGCAAAAGUGAGCCAGUGAAGUCCACUGAAUUGUUCAAGAUUCUGUUUUGACAGAUAUAUAAACUUCUAAAUAAACCCGUUUUUUUUUCUCUCUCUAGUCUCACCUUCAGGCUCGUUUGGCGGCAAAAGAGAAGCAGUUACUUGAGUUGAAAGAUGAAUAUAGCAAACUGAAACAAGACAAUGACAGAGCGAGGGAAAGAUUACAGGAAGAGAUAGCUGCUGUCAAACAGCUAGAAGCACAGUUGGCUGCACUGAGUAAGAGCGUUGUAUAGAUAUGUAUUAUGUUCAUAUCCAAGACGUGUUAUGAUGAGAUUUUAAAUCAUUACAGAAAUUGUGGACCAUGUUCACGCGUUUGGCAAACAAGAAUAAUCGAUCUUUCCAGCUAUUUACCUUUCAGAUGCUUUAUAGAUGAAACAAAGCUAGAUGAAUCAAUCGAUGUUCGGAAAAAUUUAUCCUUUUUUGUUUUUUUUUGCGGAAUUUUUGACGCGCGUGAAGAUACUGCAGUACGCGUGAACAGUAGACGUACAGAAGUUCCCAAUUAUCUUAACUCACUUGUUCACGGGCAAGUGAAGCUUACAUCAUGAAAUGGAGAAGAAACUCGAAAAUGCCUUUCAUGCUCAGUCAGUCGUUUUGAUUCCUUGAAAGUGGAACACAUUGGCAAAAGUAGCAGUUAUUUUUAUAACUGCCUUAAUUUCAUGGGAUUUACAGCAGACUGUUUGACAUUGUGAAUAAAGGGGGUAAGUUUCUAAAGAAACUGUGGUGCUGCGUCGGUGGGAGAGCAUAGCAGGUAAUUUAGUGGUAACAACCGAGUUGAAAACGUAAACUAGCCACCUUAAAGAGUAAAAAAGCUGACGUUUCGAGCGUGAGCCCUUUGAUCAAUCGCUCUGACGAAGGGCUAACGCUCGAAACGUCAGCUUUUUUUACUCUUUAAGGUGGCUAGUUUACGUUUUCAACUCAGUUGUCAACACUAAAUUACCUGUUUGACAUUGUAACUGGCAUUCAUAUCGUUUCCAUCACAUGCUCUCUUUGUUAUCACAGGAAGAGAGAAUGGUGACCAAGGUAAGCUAAAAGAAGAACUGAAGAACAUCAUCGAUGAUUUGAAUGACAACUUGAACUCUAUGAAGCAGCAAGUCGCUCAGCAAGCGAAACAGAUCAGUCAACUUCAACGUGAGAAGGAUGCACUGGGACAGCGAUUGAGGGACAUGCAAGGACACGCGGCUAACAACAAACAACUGAAAGAUAACCUGGCUAAACUACAGCAACAACUGAAAUGUGAGCGUUAAAGCACCGUAAACUCUUUGAUCUACGUACUUGUUUCCUUGAGCAAUUUUCAACUGGGCAUUGAACGUACUUCAGGAUUCAUUCUGCUUUUGUCUACACGUUUUCUGUUAGCCUACACAGGAAGUUCGCGCCAUUCUUGCAGCCAAUUAGAUGCAUAACUAAAACCCAUCGGGACUUGGUCUCUGCAGCUUUUCUCCUUUGAAUAGUUAAUGUUGUCUUAAGUUGAGCCUUACUGACUCCCUGUGUUACAUUCGUAAAGAUGUCGGUUGUUUUUGUUUUUUUUUGUCUGUCUGUUAGAUUUGUUAAUUUAUUUUUUGCCGGACGAGUGCAGUUCUGCCUUGUUUGAAUUAACUGAAGAGGAAUCUCAAUUGUAGUGUUGAUAAACCUUGAAGGCGGAGCCUGUAAGAAAACAUAUUAGAGUUUCUGAUUUUCUUAACAUUCUCGAUAUUGGGAUACUACUGAAAUAUUGAUACCACAUACCUCUUGGUAAUACAUCAUACACAGAUAUCACCAUUGUGUUCUUUUCUUUUCUCCCUCAAGUGACUGAAGAUGCAUUGGAACGAGAGAGAAAGAACUGUGAGGCUUUGCGCCGGCGAUUAUCCAGUGCUGAAUCACAGGCAGCCCAAGGAUCUACUCUGGAGCCAAUGUUCACUGAAACAAAAAACAGACUGCAGCAAGCAGAAGCGGAAGUCGCCCGGCUACAGAAUGCACUAAAUAAGCUAAAACAACAACUACAGGUGCAAAAAAAUUGCUCAUUUUUAUUUGAAGAUCACUUUGUCUUAGCUAUCUACUAAAUUCAAUUGCGUUAGCUCAUUUUCAUGAAAUAUGAAGCAGUCGUUUAAUGUUUUAAUCUUACUAUUUUUGCCGAACAAAAUUUUUACCGGGUAAUCCAUUUCUAUACCACUGAAAUAACAUUUUUUAAUUUUAAAGUGAACAGGAAUGAGCUAUGUCACUUUUUUUUGUUUUGCCCCGUGCCAAUUAGGGAUCGAAUAACUUAAUGACGCUUAUAACACUGAAUCUAUUUUGCCGGGUAGUGAAGGAUUGAUUGCUUUUUUUGUUCGGUUAUUUUGAAGGAUGAUCGCAGAGCUGCAGACGAUAGGUUAAAGAAAGAACAAGAGAAGGUUGACAGAGCUUUACAAGCUGCGAGGAAUGCCGGAGAUAAGGACAGACAAGUGAAAGAUUUGGCUGCACAAAUUGAAAAUCUAUCGGUGUGUAUGUGGGAACGAUUUUAUACUGCGUUAAGUUUUUCCUUGCAAUGUAUAACACAAGUGCAGCAGAUGUGACUUGUCAGUUAGACAGCCCGAAUUGUGUCAAAUUGUCGAUCGUGUGCCUGCCUGUGUGCGCGACAUGCUUUUAGGGCAAAUGAUCCUAAUUUCGUGUAAGUGGCAGGCGAAUGUGUAUGACUGUCGAAUUCUAGAAAGUCUCAAAAUGCAACGGAAGCCACGGAACGGAAACCAAAGCAAAUGGAGUAAACCAAAACCUUCGUAAAUACUCGUUUUACUUUCGUCAGUGAAUUGAAAAUUGCUCCAUUAUAUUUAUCCAAAGGUUUGUUUCACGGUCGGUGUAUAUUAUUCUUACCAGGCGGACAAUGCGUCUCUUGCCCAGCGCUUGAGAGACGCAGAAGAUGAACUGAGCGGUCUUGACAACUUACUUGACAAAGAAGAAGUAUUGGAGAGGCUCGGUGAACUAAGAAAUGAUAUCAACAGGGGACGAAGUGCUGUCCGUGAACCGUUCAGUGAUCAGGAUGACCUGGGGCGAGCUCUAGCAGAACUCCAUAGUAAAUACCUGGACCUUAAGAGGGAUCUGGAGCGAGAGCGACGAAAACAGGUUUGUACCUGUUAGCAUUAUCCUAAAAUAAAGGGAUCAGAUGAGGUAUAUUAGAUAAAUUCGUGCGUAUCUCCCGCACAUCACGUUGGAAACCCAAUGAGAAAUCCACAAGAUGCAAGGGCGUGCGCGUCUGUAUAACCUUUUGUAGAGACGGAAGUCACUUCCUGCUAGAAUUUUUCCGUUAAGAGGGAGGAAACUUUGUAGGGAAAGACAAACACUAAAGCCAAAAGGAACAAUGAUUGUCAUAUAUAAAGGAGAUUAACAAUUGCAAACGGAGUCCUUUUAAAAGUCGGGCUGCAAUUUUAAAGAUUUACUUACUGUGACCGUGACUCUGAUUUGUCCAGAUCAUGAUUGAAUUGUUUCUUUCGGUAGCCUGAUGGAGAGGUUGAAGGUUUACAGGCUAGACUACAAGAUGCCGAAAGAGCUCUGAAGCAAGCAAGGGACAAAGCUUCACAGGUAAACAUGAAUAUGCGCGCUUACUGUUGAGUGAUUCUCAACAGUUUGCAGUUCGUUUUUACGAUGACGAGAAGUACAUGACCACAAACAAUUGAUGGAGAAUGGCCACAGUUGUUUGAACGUAGCCCAACAGAGUGCGUUGUUCGUUCAGUUUGUACCAGCAGUAUCGCUUGUCAUGUCGUCACCAAUUUUUAAAAUACACGGACUGUUCGUAGUCAAAAUUGGAUCUAGACUAUGUUGGGUCUCUCAUGUUACGCACUCCUAUGGAUGAAAUGAGGAACAAAACAUCUGUUUUGAUUGCUCAGCUUGCAGGAGACAAAGAAGAUAGAGACAACAAGUUAAGAAGAAUGUCAGACGAACUAAAGAAACUGAAAGACAAACUUGCAAGACAAGAGAGAAUGGAGGAUGAGGUUUGUUUCAAUAUUCCUAAGACAGGAUCAUGAAUGGAAAAUGUGAUCAGCAUGCCUUUGGCCAGAAUUUACUGAAUUGUUACAGUAAAAGAGGAUCGAACUGAGACAUUCAAUGUUCUUCCCAGAAAAAUUUUCUCGAGGUUUUGUUUUUACAUGGAGAGCACUCCCACUUUCUGAGUUCACGAGAGGAUCGUAAAACAACCAGUUUCAAUACGAAGUUCGCUCACGGAGAGAAAUAAUUGGUGAGAGGUAAUUGAAGAGAGAUAAUUCAACCAAGCCGCACGCGUUUUGCGUGUAAAAUUAUUCCCUGAGAUCCGAUGCUGGAGUCUACAAAGAACUUGACGAGGAGGAUUACUUUUGAAUCAGGCCCUUAAUUCUCCAGGUUGAUUUUCUCUUGACCACACUCAAGUAUUGUUGAGCUGCAUGAACAAGACCAGUUUAAACACGUGCGCGUCAACUUAUGUUGAAAAUCACUUUGAUUCUGGAAAUAAAAAUUGAGCAACAACAAAUGCUGUAUUUUAGUAUAGCGAGGCUUCCGAUCUUGAAUGCUGAUGAACAUUUGCAAACGAUAACCCGUCCUUACCAGAAAGUGGUUUUGUUGGUAGAGGCGCGAAGCUCAUAUCUUCAAGUCACAGGUUCAGCCCCAUUUAUUUUUAAGAUUUUGCAACUGAUUUGGUUACAUCUAUCUUUUUUUCGGUGCGGAACAAUUCUUCGUGCGACCAACAUUUAGAGCUACUCAAACCUGAUUUAAUUAUUUUUGUAUUUAUUAUCAAGUUGACAAAGGGUAAAAUGUUCUGUAAUGCUUAUCCAGGUUCUUUUCUUGUACAGAUUGAAAGAGAGAAAGCAAAACACGCUAAAGAGAUGUCUGGACUGGAGAAACAAAUAGCUCAGUUAAAGGAUCAGCUUGACAAAGCUAGACAUGGCUUGCAGGAUCAUGUAAUCUUCUAUUUUCUCUUGGUGCAUGAGUUUAUGAGGGAUCUUCCUCUGUUUAAAGCCAUUUUUAAUUCACGCCAACAUUUUUUUGAUAACCCUUUAGUUCUUUUGAUUGCAUUGUGGUCAACUCUUCUUCUAAGUGAUAUCUUAACACGUGAAUCUUAUCUUCAGUUGGCCAGCGCCAGAGCUCCACUUCAAGCCAAGAUAGCAGACAUGGAAGACGACAUGGAACAUCUACAGGACAAAUUUAACAAAGUGAAAGCAGAAAAUGAGCGGGUAUGAUGCUUGUCUGAUUCAGAGGUUAUCAGAGUACCUUUAGUCUCCUGUAAGUCGUUUUACGGAAAUGAAAGGAUACGUUUAGGAAUGUGUAAAAAUUUGCUGUGGAUUUUAUACCUUUAGCUGAAAGGAGCCAUCGCAGAAGCUGAACAAGGUAGAAUGGAGUUAGAGGACAGACUGGCAGAAAUGAUGAACAAACUAAGGGAGGCCCGGGCACAAGCUGAGGCAACGGUGAGUGUUCACGUGACUGUUUAUGCAUAAUUCUGUGAAUUGCAAGUAUGUGAUCAUUUAGAAGUUAAAGGGUAGUAACUUUCAUCAGUUGUAAACUAUAUUAUUCAGAGGUACGCAUACACAGAGGAGACUUUUAAUUAAUAUCCGAACUGUUAGUCAUUAUUUUCGCUGGUUGUUCUUUUGUUUCGGUUUUACGCUAAAUAAAAGUAAGCGAUAAUUUACCUCCACUUAUGCGAGGUUUUUGAUAAAAUUAAGUAAUACGCUAUUUCUCCACAGAAUGAGAGAUGCGAGCGGCAAAAACAAGCUUUAGAAGCUAAAGUGAAAGCUCUUGAGAACGAACUCGAAAGAGCCCGGAGUCGGUUGAAUUCACUGCGAGCUCAAGCGGAUGAAAAGGUUGGCGUUUUAAUUUUUUCUAAAUUCUUCUAUUUGGGUAGGUUUGGUCAAGAAAACCCGAGUAACGCGACCAAUAAGGCUGAAUUAUUUCGUUUACCUUUGUUCUGAUUGAUCGUUGUCGAUGAUUUGGUUCUGUUGUGACGACACUUGAAUGCAAAGAGCUGUAAUCCUUUACUUCAAAAUUUUGUUAAGGGAACCACGAUCAUGAGUGAUUCAUACAUUAGCAUGAUAUCAUGGCAUUAAUUCUUAUAUUUUUAUUCUUUUCGUUUAUACUACAGCUGCAAGCAGAAAAAAAGAAAGCGGCUGCAAAGAUCGGCGGUUUAGAGGACGAAAUAGACGAUUUAAAGGAACGACUUAAAAAUCUGAAGCACAAGGCUGGACGUGAGGUAAUGCUUCUAUGGAAUUCAUUCCAAAAAUAAAUCAAGCCAUCCAUUUUUUAAGUUCGUUAUGAAAGUUAUGAAUGAUGAGGAAACAGAAAAUAAUGUUUAAUUGUUGACAAUUGGACUCAAAAGAGCAGGGUAACGGUACUUUCUUAUCAGGGGAUCGAUUCAUUUCAUUUCGCAAACUACACGGAGAAACUAUAGUGCCAUCAUUUUUGCCGGCAGUUGGACGAAAUAAGAGAUGCUGGAGAAAGGAAGAUUCAUCAUCUGGAAAAAAAGAUGGCUGAUUUGCGACAUCAGCUAGAAGACGAUCGGGCUCGAGCUGACGAACAGGUAAUGAAGUCUUCAAGUGAAUUUUAUUGUUUAAUUUGAUGAUCGUACCACUAUAACUUUGUAGAAAUCCAAGCUGGGACUAUUCUGCUCGUCGGGGCAAGAAGAGAAGAUGUUGGCGAUCUAGUUUACAGAGAAAGUCGCUUAUGAGGCGACUUUUGUCGACCUCACAGAUAACGCAUAAUAAAGAGCACGCCUGAUACAGGCAGAUGCUUGUUACCACCUAUGUCGCUAAUUUCAGAUAUGAAAGCAGCUUUUUAAAGAUAGAAUUUGUGUUCUUGGAACCUUGACCGUGAAUAACAUAAAUAAAAUCGAAAAAAACCUCUGUACUUUAUUACCCGCCUUUAUUAAUUGCGCAUGUGAAUGCCUGACUAGAGGUAAGUAAUGGAGUUGAUUACUGUGAAGGAAUUUGAGUUCUCGCGAACUUGAACAUAAAUCACUUUGAUUCUGGAAAUAAAAAUUGAGCAACAACAAAUACUGUACUUUGGAAUACCGAGGCUUCCGAUCUUGAAUGCUGAUGAACAUUUGCAAAAUCUUACAUGUUCCCUCGUGAAACGCCGCUUUAGAGUGUAUUUCAGUAGAAGUAAAGAGUGUGGUGGAAACAACGCAAAACAAGAAUUUUGUGCAUGUGUUCAUUGCAAAGCACAAAUAAGACUGUACUUAGUCGGCUAAAUUAUAAUGGCGUUUCGAUUUCUGAAAGCGAUAUAACACGUGUAGGAUGCCGAAAAUACUGAGGCUUAUCCUUGCAUUUUUAUUUCGUCUUGAAAUUUAGUAUUGAUUUAAGUAUCCUCUAUAAUGUUUAAAGUAGUUAAUGUUUUUGUGCUUUGGUUUUAUAGUUUAGAAGAGCUGAAAGUAAAGAAGCAGGGCUACAGAGUCUGCUGGGAGAAACUGAAGCUAAGUUGAAGGUAUUUGGCUGACUAAUACAGGGCACCCUAAUACGAUGUAGCUAUGUUUAGUUUAACUCGCAGGCUUGCUGUAUUAUGAUGAUAAAAAUACGAGAGAUCAUUUAUACUGUCCUAUAUUGAGAAUUUUAUCGAUCAGCACUGAAUUAAAUUAUGACCCGAUGAUGGCCUGUAAGUGACGGCAAACUGCGGCUCCUUUUCCCCGUGGUCAAAUGUAAACACGAUAAAUUAUAAUCAUCAUACUUAUCAUGUGAUCCAUGGCUAUGACAGCACCAACCAUCACUGGUAUAAAAUCCCUUAAGUUAUAAGUCUGCCUAAAUGCCCUUUUCUGGCGUGAUCCUCAACUGUUGUUUGUUUUUUCGUUGUUUGUUUCUAGAGAUCCAAUGACCAAAGUCAGGAACAACAAGCCAGGCUUUGGGACUUGGAGAACCAGAUUGAGGGUCUGAGAAACACUCUGAAAGAUGCCGAAACAAAGGCAUUAAAGGUAACAAACGAUUGAAACAAAAAUCAUUAUUUUUUACGUCAAAAAUUCUGCAUUUGUCAAAUUUUGACGAAAUAUUUAUAUCAACUGGUAAAAGCUCGAAAUUAAGAUUUUGCUCCAAUUACCAGAUAGAACAAUUCGGUCGCAAAUUCUUAGAACUAUUAGAAACCUGCCCGUGAAAAAAGAACAAAGUCUGAAAGAUGGUUCUCCGUUAAAAACGCACUCCGGCUCAAGAACGAGCGCUGGUUUACAUGGAGAUACAGCCGGUGAUUAGCGUUAAAAUUCUAGUUGGCAACAGUCUACCAACUGUGACAUUGGCGACCAGUUCGCAAUUUGGGACUCGUCAGAAUGCACAUCCAUUGUGCAACACGGCUGUGCAAACAGAUUGUUAUGGCGCUCAGUCAAAGUUUGUUAUUCGUAGUUUCAGUUCUCUCCUUUUCCCCUCACUGGAUUUGUUUUGCUCUGAUUUAUUUCUCUUCCUCAUCUCUGUAAUAAAUUGUUAUCAGCAAUUUUUAUUUAUUGGCCCAUCGAUGUACAUAUAACGAAACAAACAUGCCUAUCUGUAUUUUUCUGGUCAUUUUUUCUUCAGGAUAAGUUAGACAAGGAACUUGAAGCUGUUAAAGCGGAGCGAAUGAGAGCUGCGAUACAAGCAGCGGCUGAUAAACAGCUGGCUGAUGCACAACAACAGGUUUGCCCGCCAAUCAACUUGUUUGUACUUAUAUUCAAAUCAUUAAAGUCAAGAAAUUGCUGAUGUUACUCAGUGAAAUUUUCAUGCAACGUUUAUUUUUCGUGUAGCGACGUUAAUGUAAAUUACGCUGAUGAUUAAUAAGUUUGACUUUGUCUCGCAAUUUCGAAGACAGCUUAAUGGCCGCAAAGACACAAAUCGUCUCGUUUGACACCAGUUGCGUCUGAGAUGACUUUGUUUUUAGAAGCGAUGAAACUGUUGGUUUUAUUUUGUCGUGCAAUUUUUCACAAAUUUAAAAAAAAAAACGUUUAAAAAAAAAUUAAUAUUGAUAAAAAACAUGGUGGAAAUAUUGAUUAUAUUUUACUGAUAUGUCUCUCAUAAGCGAUUUGGUCUUCCUUCGUCGUUAGUUUUGUCGCAAUCUUUGUUUAGAACACAGCAUUUAAAGAACAACGAGAAGAUUUCUUCUUGGUUUUUGUAGGUUGCUUCACUUCAAUCUAUGCUCGAUUCGAAAGACAGGCAGCUUCAAGAGGAACUGAAACGUGGGACGCAAAAUUCAGCCGACAUAGGUGAGCAUUCGUAGAUUCAUCUAUUUUCUAGAGAGAACACUUAAAGGAUGCUAAAAUAAUAUAAAACCAAUCGAUACAACUCAGUCGCAUUUUGACGCGCUUGAGUCAGAUUACUUGCCUUAACUUCGACUUCUGUACGUAGAAGAGACAUGUGAAAGUCGUUUCUUAAGCCUCUUUUUUUCACUUUUUACUGUGGAACUGUGGAACAAAGUUUCGAACAGAGUAAAUUUUUCCUUGUGUAGGGGGUGAAAAUUCUUUCUAAAUGUUGAACUCUGUUUUAUUUGUUUUAUCGUGCUAACAGCUGCUCAGCGAGCAGCGAUUAAAAACUUGGCAUCAGCUUUGGCCGAACAGAACCAGGAACUAGAACGACUGAAGGACGAUUUGUUGGAGAUGUCACGUGCCCCAGUCCAACUGCAAUACUAUCCUCAUCCGGGUUAGUUUUUCUCAGAAAAUACUCACUUUCCUUCUUUCAAAUGAAUUUUAUGAUAAGUGCCAUUUAAAUUUGUGAACUCGCAAGUGACCGCAAGUCGUGGGGUUUUAAAUCGUUUCCAGGCUCGUGUUGUUUCUCAGUGUUGCGUUAUUUAUUUGAGUCUUCAAACUUUUCUCGACUGAUUUUACCAGUUUGCUUCCUAUAUCUUCAGAUCUCAGCCUUUCCGCCUUAGCAAACGAAGUCGAGGCUCUGCGAGCAGCUUUGUUACAAAGAGAGCAACAAGUACAGAGCCUCACUCGACCAAUACCACUUCCGGCGAGUCCACCCUUCACCACGUCCGGCUUGGUUACCACGCCUGGGCACAUGAAUCCACCGUUUACCACUUCCGGCUUGAUAACCACAUCUGGGUUAGCAACAACGCAGACGUACUUACCAGUGAGCGGGGUGGCCCCAGCUGUUGUUGAGGGACCAUCAAAUGUAGUAACUAUCUCUCGAUCAGCACCCGUCAUGACUCCCAUGGUUACAACCACUAGUGGCCUGGGUACAAACAGCUAUGCGGCCUAUCCCGGACAAGUUCAUCACCAUCAUUAUUUUUCACAGUCAACUGGUCGAGGUACAAAUGCAUUCUGCACUAUAAGUGCCCAGUCGGAAUAUUACAUAGAAAAAGCUUCUUUGUCUGGCCUGACAUCUUGUCUGUUUUUUUAUUGGGGUUUUCUAUUACUAUAAAAUAAUUCUAAUGAACCUGUUGGGUACAGUUUAUUGUAGCUUCCUUUAGUUUGGCAGUAUUUUUUUUCGUGCAAUUAAGCAAUUGUUCACAUUGUAUCUAGCUGUUUUAGUAAUACAAUCAGUGUUGUAAUUUCCACUGCUUUAAUAUGCAUAUCUACAUUAUUCAGCAGGUAGGGUAAAACCAUUGACAGUGACAACUUCCUCACACCUCUCCCCUGAGGUGGUAACAGCUAGCACAGUAGCAGACCCUGUCACAUCACCUGUCCACCAUCAUCAUUACAAUGACGUCACUGGGGAAAAUGGUGACGCGAAGAAGAAAAAGAAAAGGAAAACCAAAAAACCACAAGAUGAAGUAUUAUUUUGUAAUUUUCCAAAUCACGAAGGCCUGGUGAGUUGUUCACUAUUGCACCUACUCUACUAACAUAAGUCUGUUUUCACGUACUUAAACACAAACACAACCUGCUAUCUUCUCCUUUGCACGUAUAUUUCUUUUUUUUUUUUACAUUUUACUGGUCGCCAUUUUCUUAGCAGAAGUUUCGUUAAAUGUUUAGUCAGCGUCAAUGUGUAGCACGUUUCUGUAUGUUUUUUUAGAACACACAUCAUUGUUUUCGUGAAAUUAUUCGUUCGGUUAGAUUUAGAAAAAAAACGAAAAAACGCGAGAGAGGAAAUGAAAAAGGUAAGAACGGACAUGAAGGGAGAAGAUGAACACAAAUUGCAAAGGAAGACUUUCAAAAUUCUCGCUAAAUUGAUGAAGAUGUGGAAACAUUGACAUUGCCCCUUCGAGUUAGAAUCCCGUUAUUAAGAGGAAAUGGAAGCUUAUACAAGUUGUAUUUUUCAGUGCGUUUUGCUUACGUGAUGUUUUCGGUUUUUCAAGCACGAGAAUCCUUGUGAUCAAAUUAAAAAAAAGGAUUGUUAUUGUACGGAAAUCUAUACUUACAGUGAGUUACUAGUUGCGUUUGAUUGAAGGACUUAAAACUACAACUUUCAUAUAUGUUUUUUUUUUGCUUCAGUUGUAUACAGAACUUGCUUUUUGUUAGUUUGUCAUGGUUUUGAUCGCUCUUUCAUUUUCCCUGUAGGAGUACGAAUGUGGGAGAUUGGAAGGUCUUUUGACUUCGUCGCAGCAGGCGCAGAAACUUCAGGUAUAGUAGUUUGAAUUAAGCUCGUUUUUCUCAAAUUUUUCGUCUCUUUUUGAGCUUCCAUAUACGCCGUGUAUUACGUUUUGUAUUAAGUAUUGAUUCCUCCCUGUUGAGGGAUGGAAUUUUUCUACCUUAAAUUUCCUCUACAAAUAUCCCUCAUCAAUUUCUCGUUUGCUAGCAUCCUUUGUAGAGACAAUCUACGAAUUUAACGUCUUUGUUCUGCCAUAAAAUAUGUGGACAACAGUCAUUUUGUGGAGACGAUUCAGUAUUCUGUUCCCACCUUGUAACAAAGAAAAGACGAAAUCUCACCUUCAUACUUCAGCCUUGUGCCAAAGAAGAGCUGUAAUUAUCCUUUCUAUUAUUAAUUCUUGUGGCCAAUUGUUUUUCAUGUUUUAGAACAUCAAGAACCGUUUAAAGUGUAAGAAUCAAGUACCGAAAACAAUUAAAAUCAUCUCUAUUCUUAAUUACCCAUUCCCUACUGAAGAUUUAACGGCCCAUACGUUUUCAUCAUUUAAGUGACAAAGGUCCCUAGCUUUCAGUGAUAGCUUGGAGAGAAUGGCAUUUAGAAAAAAUAUUGAUUUAACCCACGUGCUGUGAUUGGAACAGAAUGAUUAAUUAUAUGCAGUGUAAAUCAACUCAAAUUACCUUUUUUUUUAGCAGUAACUGUCACUUCAUAUGUUUCGGUAGUGAGUCCGUGAACUGCUUCCACCAUUUAUUAGCGAUUUAGUGCUGUAGAGUCCAAAUCGUUCGCCUUUGGAAAAAUGUCGUGACUUUCAGUGAAAACUUUCGUUAGAUUUCAAUAUUUCAAACGUUAGCGGCUUUAUAAAUGAAGGUAUUUCAACCGUAAAAGUUGUUUCAAUAGAAUGUCAAAGGCAGCUUAUGGCGCAGACAAUCAAUUGAACGUCCGAUUUCCAGUGAGAAAAAGAAAGGUAUUUUCGCUGGGGAACUGUAUUUGUUUAGGGCUUACUUUUGUAUAAUUAAGGAGAGAGUAAUUACAGUAUAAAUGAUUUCUUUUUCAAUUCAGGAUCAACGGGACUCGCUUCGAAUGGAUUUGAAAGAAUUGGAACACGAGGUGGGUUGAUGGUUUCAUUGUUUUACUGAACUGCAAUUGAAUAACGCGGUAAUUUGUCCCAUAGGAUGAAAAAUGUGUGUUUAAUAUGAAUCGCGUGUAAAUCCUUGCUUUGUUUAUGCUGCUUUAAACGAAGCCUUUAGUUCUACAUUUAACAAACGACCUCCCUGUUCAUUGUUUUACUACGUUAAAAAAUUCGAAACGACUCUUCAACACGAGAACCCGUAACCGCCAUUUGCAGACUUCCACAGAUGAUUCAAGUUUGACUCACUCGCAGAAAUCCAGAAAGAUGCUCAAGUCGUCAGUUUUGUUCAUUACAUCCAACUCUAAAAACACAUUUGUUUUCUUGUUGAAAGGUGGAAGAUUCCUUAAAACGACGAGCGACUGCUAGACAAUCACAACGACAUUCAUUAGAUGCGAACCUAGCGGUAAGUCGAUUUUUGUCAUAAUUUACAAUAUAAGUGGAAUAUUUUCUUCAAUUAUCCUCGAAACUAGUCGCUCAAUUUUUGCCACUCUUUAAGAGGACAAUUUUCGCAGUCUUUUAUCUUUCUGUUUUAUUUAGGAGAAAUUUUAGGCGGGAAGUGUUCAAUGAAAAUUCCUGUGUUGUUACAUGUUUUAAAUUCGAUUCUUUUAAAUUUAGGGUUCAAUUUCUCUUUGUAUUAUGUAACCGCUGGCAAGAAUUAAUGAUAAUUUUGCUACUUGAACUUAACACCAUGAUACGGACCAUUAUUACGAUUUGUUCGUUGUUUAUAUCUUAAUUUUUACAUGAUCUGUCCUUGAAUAUUUUCCAAAGCUUUGCAUUUAUAAAAUAAAAAAAAUGUGUAUCGUAAAGGCCAUGGCAGCCUUACUUUUCUUGAUUACAGUAAAAUAGUUGAGUUCUUAAUCGAGUUAUGUUAAAAAUACACUAACUGUUUGUCAUUGUGGACGUCUGUGUUUCUCAUUUUAGAGACUCCAGGAUCAUCUUUUGACUGUUGUUGAUCACAGAUCUCGUUUAUCUUCGUCAUCUAACGUAAACUAAUUUUAAGGACAGUUAGCUGUUAAGAAGUACGUCCAGCCGAUUUAACAGAUUUAAUUUUUUUGUUGAAAAUUUUUGUUUUAUAAAUUUCUUUUAAUGUCCUGCUCACAAUGAAAAAGAGAGUUUUUAAAAUUUGCUCAAUGAUAUCAACAGCUCGUCGCUUUUCAAACUGGUAAAAUUUCAAAACUACCUCUGUUUACUUUGGGUGACAGUAACACAUUUCUUAAUUAUACAAAAGCAAACACGAUAUGUUUGAAAAGGGAUUUUUAGAAUGUUCAUUGGCGGCCGGGAGCCAAGGCGGCAGUUUAGUUUUCGGAAUAUUUAUUUAAACUUGCUGCCGUUUGUUGAAACUCAAAGAAAGCAUUAAACAACUCAACAGGAGGUAUCGUGUUUGCGGUUAUUAACACAAGCACAACCUUUAGCGUUAUUUAUACUUGUUUAAUAUAAUUUUUAGACGCUUUCAAGUCUUUUGCGAGUGUGAAAGGAGAUUCCAACGACCCAAAAUUUUAUGUUCAGACAAAAAAGGCGAAACAAAUAAAUCCUAUGCUAUAAAUGCUAGUUGUAAACAGUUCUAAUGCAAGAAAAGGUUGGCUCUGACAUUCAUCAAUGACACACAGAAAUUAGUUGAAUAACGUUCCACUAAAGUUUUUUUCAUGGCGUGACCACUCGAUGUUCUGUCUUUUUUAUGCAAUUUGUUCUUUUGCAGCUUUUUUCCACGUGACCUUGUUAAUCUUCGAGGCAUAUUGAAUCAUGUUCUUUUUUUUGGCAUGGAUUCUCACUUAUCAGUUUGCACGUGAUAGCAGUUUAUUUACGCUUCAUUGCAGGGUUGAUGAAAAUGCAGUGUAUGGCAAGAAAUAAAAUCAGAAAGCCAGCCUUUUCUUAGUUGCUUGAACAGUUAUAUUUUGUUUGUAUUCAAAUAAUUUUGCUUGCGUGUUCCCCAGUGUUGAAAGCAACACAGUAAUAUUUAUAUUGUUGUACAUAUCAGUCGAAAAUGUAAUUUUUUUAGGAUAUCCAAAUAAAUUGCCUUUCGUAUGGAAAAUGUUGUGUCUGACCUUAUUUUGGUUUUGACAACAAGCUUCUAAGUUAGGGCUGGCCCUCUGGUAUAUCUCAAAAAGGAGCUUCUUCCUAAAUUAGGUCAAGAUUUUUACAUUUCAAGUUUUGUGUCCUAACAAUCAAACAGGUCAGCAAUCAUAGGGUAGUAAGAGGAUAUCUGACCCUCGACCAUGUCCCCGUGUGUCUACCUUUGUGAGUUGGGUAUUUCGUCAUUUUUUAUCCUCAUGAAGAGAACACACCUUUCCCAAAUGCAAGAUGCAACCAUAACCAUGAUGAACUCCUUCCACUGUCAGUGACCGAAUGUGACCAAGAAAUAGCCUGCGAUUUCCACGUUGCACCCAAAGUGCCGUUAUUUAUGACAAAACACUUCCCAAAAUUAAAUUGAAUGAGGACACUUGCUUUCCCUUAACGCAACUAAAAAAGUGUAUUCAAGCAAAUAUUGCAAAGUCCGAUAGUAUUAAUUUGCGUUUAUUUAAAACAAAAAAUACACUGACAUAUAGACAAUUGGUUCAUAAACUUUACCUUAUAAACCGCUGGAUGGACAGAAUUAAAUUGUUUAUUGCACUUUUAUUUGGGUUCCUUUACAUUUCCCGUGAUAAAUGUCAAUGGUAAGCUUCAAAUGCGAAAGAGUAUAUUCUUGCAAAUUUAAUUUGGAUUCCUUUAACUUUCCAGUGAUUAAUAUCAAUUAUAAGCUUCAAAUGCGAAAGUUAAAUGUAGCUGUAGUAGGAAUGAAGACGGUUUUUCCAUGUUCCUAAUAAUUUAUUUCAUCCGACUUAAACACUUCUCCCAGGCAGGAACUAGGAGAGUUUACAUUAUGAGAACUGUGGACGAAGAAGAUGAAGAAAACUUCCCACUAAAAUAUCUUCAGCAAAGGCAAGUGUUAUUUACAAGUGAUCUAUUCGAGAAAGACGUUUUUUCGUCUUGCCAUCUCUCCUAUUUCUAUCCACAAGUGAUCUAUUAAUUUCGAAGUUGCUGGAAAUAAAAGAUUAAUGGGAGCUCUCUGAAAUACACACCAUGUCUAUGCAGCUCCAGCAUCUGUUUCUCUGGUUCAGAAACACGAAAUUAUUACAUUGUCCUCAAGGUAACGCCAGGAUUGGAGAUGCGUUUUGGCGUAGGGGUCCAGAGUAGAGAGUUCAAUAGUACGUUGCCUAAAAGUUUCUCCUGAUUAAUCUCUAACAUGGAGGUUCGAUUGGCUGUCGUGCAAUCAAGAACGCACCUUGUCAUGAAAUCUGCUUUUCAAGAGUGGAAAAUAAACUUGUGACGUUCCCAACUUUCCAUGUUAUUCUUAUCAACCUGAUUUGUCAAUUAUUCGUAAUUCAGCUCUAGCGUUGAAAUGGAGCCUGUUCAGUUGUCGUCCGUUAAUCAAAUGGAUGAUAACACCCAAGAGGCAUCCUGGGAAAAGCGGCUGAGUGACCUGGCUCGAUUUGAAGGUCUGCUGGAGAAAAGGAAAACAGAACUACAACAGAUGGACGCUGUACUGAUGGAGCGAAGGCGCGAACUGGACGACGUUGUGCAAAAAGUGUGUCAGUUGUUUUGUAUUGCUUUUGCCGUCGUUGUUUGUUUGCCUUUUUUAUUGUCUUUGCAAAGUUCGCCAGCCGACCGUCUUCAUUUCUCCGUUAGCGUAAGAUGGCCGAGGGACGCCUGAGGCGGGCAGAAGAGGAUGCUGGUAUUAUUGAGCAACGCGCAGCGGAGACCUCGGUCGAGUUAAUCCGCGCAGGAAAUCAGCUGAUUAACUUGGAGAUUAAAGAAAAGGCUCUGAAUGAACAACAAAAACAAAUAAACAAAGUGAGAUACAGCCACGAAUAUUUCGUUCAACUUUAUCAAUGAUAUACAGUAUUCUACGUUUAUGCAUUCAAGAUAAAUUCGUUUUAAUAGAAGGUUUUAUUUCUGUAAUCACCUUACAAAAGUGGACGAUAUAUAAAGAUUUCAUUCUUGACGGUCUUUUAGAGUUGUAAUACCUCACCGUAACGCGGUCAUUUUAACACUGCUAUAUAAAUUUCUAUGAGUUGCUGCACGGUACUGUCCAAUUAAUGAUGUUAUGUGUAUACUAUCUUAAAGUUGAUUACUAAUGUUUCAUCUUCUUUUCGAAGGCUAUCGAAGCCAAAGAACGAGAGUUAAAGGAAACUGAGAACUCGUGCGCUGUUGUUCGACACAAUAUCGAUAAACUGAACAAGGAACUAGCAAGUAAAAUGGAAGAUCUUGAAAAGAAAGAGAGUGUGUUGAAAGAUGUGGAAACAAGAACUCAACUUUCACUCAGGUUUGAUCUUAACCUGUCGAUAAAACAAAUCGCUUGAUGAAACACCAGCAGUGUUGAGCGCAUGGCUCAUUUCACAACCAGCGAGUGCCUUUUUUGAGCCCUUACGUAACUUGAUUUUCAUUUGGAGUUUCAAAUUUGAGCGCUUUUCGAUUGAGUUUCGUAGAGCUAGAACCAAAGUGAACACAACGGCUAUGCAAUCGGAUGAAAGGAAAAUACCUUUAAGAGCCAAUGAUGACUCAAAGUAAAACCGACCAAACUGCCUAAGGCGCGGGAAAAAGCGAAAGACUAAGUCGUGAUUGGUUUUAGUAUCUGAUUGGUUGAAAGAGUAGUGCGAGCGAAGUAAUUAAAAAAACAAAGCAGUCUCACAUUACUAUCGACUGUCUAUUAAAAAUUGCUCUAACAGACAACUAAAAUGUUUGAGUAGCUUAAAAUUUCGUUACUGAAUUUUGAUAUUCUUCUGAAUAAUGAAACAAAUGUGAAUACUACAAAAGUAAGGAAUUAAUCAUCUUUUGUAUGUGAAUUUAUGUUUGAUCAAUCGACAGGAUAGAGGAACUACAGAAGCUGAUAGCGCAAACAGAAACAGAAGAGAGACAUCAGUCAGAUAAGUACGUCAGAGCGUUAAAGGAGGGUGAAAAAGCUUUGGAAGAAAAAACCACGCAGCUUGCCAGAACAAGGAAUGAACUUCAAACUCAAAUGAUACAAUUCCAUGAACUGAACAGUAAGAUAAACAAACUCAGGACAGAACUAAAAGAAAUUGAAGAAAACAUCAAGAAAGGAAAACUUGAAGCUGAGAGGCUUUCACAGAGAAAAGAAGAAGAGAGAAGAAUCCAGGAUCUUAAUGUUCAGGUCAGAGCUUGAGUUUGUGCAUUCGUGAUAAAAAAAGUUGCUAACUCCCUUUAAUGUUUAAAAGAUACUAAAGUACAUUUCAAAAGAAUUAAUUAUAAGAUUUUCUUUUAAACUUUUUUACUUUUUCACAAAUACUGGUAACGUAGAAAGCAUUCAUAUGGUAUUCUAAGGUAUAGUCGACGACUAUUGAAAUCAAACCCGCCUUAACUCUGUUACUGUGGUCGGAUAAGAAUUGAUUUAUUGUGUUAAGACAAACUUUAUUUGCAAUAACUGUUUAGGAGAAGUUUCUCUUGAAGACAUAAGUGUAAGGGGCGAUUUGAAUGAAGUGACGCUUGAGGAAGAUUCGUUGCCUUUUUACACAGGAAGCCGAGGAAAAACUUGUAGAAGUUAACAACGCAAGAAAUGAAUCGAUGGAAGCUCUUAAAAGCCAUCGGGAGGAGUUUGGUCUGUUGAGAAACAAAAUUCACCAGAGUAUGAGCAAGAUUAAAGAAUACGAAGAAUUGAAGAAACAGAAAGAAGCUGAGUAUAAAAAGAUUUCAUCCACGAUCAGUAAAGACAAAGUAAAACUAGAAAAUGAGCUCGCUAAGUUGAAAAGGUGAUUAGAACUACAUGAUAUUUAUCACUUUUACUAACUGAUUCAUAGUGAUCUCCAUGUUCCGUGUGCGUUGUAACUUGAUCAGCGGCAUUGUAUAACAAACCCAUGCGUGAUUGUUCAGAUGAGGAAUUCUACCCAUCAGAUACUCCGAGAUCUCAUCGUCUCUUUGUGUUUGUUUCGUUCGCUGUGAUUGGUUGCUAUAAUCAUUAUAUUCAAAACUUUUUAAACUACUUUAAACGAAUCCCACCUCUUCCAAUUUUUAGGCCUCACGACUUGUUUUCAUCUGCGCAUACUAUUGGGAAAGCGUUAAUGGGUCUAUCAAGUCUGCCCUGUAAGACGUAUCUAAUACAAAGUCAAAUCCUUUGAAUUUUACUUCAUCUUUCAGUGAGACGCAAGAAACAGAGGAAUGUUUAGGUCAUACAAAUGCUGCUUUAAAGCAAGUCACGGUUGAACUCCAGUCUGCCAAACAAGAACUGGAGGAGGUGAUGAACACCAAAAACUCGGUUAUGAAGGAGUUGAGUGAACUCCAGCUCACACUCGCAGGUAAACUAAAAUAAGUAUAUUCCUGAAAUAACGGACAAAACCUUUUUAAGCAAUAUUUUUUUCAAAAGAAAUGAUGCCCGACAUCGAAAAACACCCCUUUGUCCCCCUCUAUCCCUUAGCUUCGUCACGAAAACAUGUAUUUUAGGACCUGGAUUUGAAUUCACUGUAAAUUUUAAUUUGGCUUAUAUGACGGAGCGGUUUUGCCAGCGAUUUUAGUGUAGGACUUACCUCGAGAACGAGUCUUCUAUAACUUAGUAAGUCACUGAAGAUUCUGACCGCAAAUUUGAAUGUGGCUGGGAAUCUUAUUCUUACGAGGUGUGGGUUGGGGGAAGGGUAAAGAUUUGUUUUGUUCCACCCUAAUGACAAAUGCGUAGCAUGUUUCCUUACUAUCACAUAACUUGCAAGUUUUUCUUCUCGGUCGCUUUCAAAGUGUAGAAAUCAAGCAGUUAUAUUAUGUAGAGAAACAAAACGUAGACCCACGAGAUAAAUUAUUUGAGGAUGUCUGUAUCUUUUCCGUAAACAGAGAAAGGGAAUGAAAUUAUGAAAGUCAAUCAGGAAAUUCAGGAUGGUAGCAAAGAACUGGAAAAAGUUAAAGAGGUAAAUAUCAAAAGUUUCAGGUCGGUUAAUAAGGGUGUAAUCUAUAACAAAAUAGUUGACAUAUUGUUAUUCAUUUCAGAGAUAUUCUUAAACCGCAUGCCAAUUUUAGUAUUUAUCAAAUGCCUUUCUUUUAUCCCCAGCUCCUUCCAAUCAAUGAAGUGCUUUAUUUUCUGUAAAUGCACAAUAUAUACUGAAUGUGGAAGGGUAUUUUUAUAAUAUUUAGUGGAUUUUAAACUCCAAUACGGCCUUGAAAGUGGUUACAUCUACAUGCACUAAAUCUUGUCUUAUUUUGUCGCAGAUGACAAUCUGAAACACUUAUUUACACUGAGGCCAAAACUUUUCCCAUUAUUGGUCCAAAGCCAAGGUGCUUGCAUCAGAUAUUUGAAAUAAACUUUAUACGGAGAACAGGCAAAUUUCCAAGAAAUUUGAAGAAAUCAUGAUGGCGGGGUAAAUUAAUUAGCAUGAAGUGGACUAUCCUUACAUACUAAGGUCCCUUGUAAAAACUUGGAAAACAUUCGCUAUAUGUCCCUAUUCUACAAAACCCCAUAGUCAAAAUUUUAAGAAUGAUAUGUUGCUUUGGAGUGCAAAAGGGAAUGCUGGAUACAGUCAUCAAUUACUGACUAUCUUGAAAACAUGGCCGCUUUCUACAUUGCAGACGAUCGCAGAUUUCCGAAAAAGGCAGACAGAGUUGAUUGAAAACUUAGAGGAAGAAACUGUAAGACGUGACAGUGCUCGAAAGGGCAGUUUGCCUCAGGGCUGUUCAACGCCUAAAGACAACGAGAAACAAAAUGGUAAUUUAUAUUCAAGUUUAAACUAUUUUUCUCCAGGACGCUCUGGACAUUACUGAUUUUAUCUGUAUACACAACGCUUUUCAGGUUCAUGACAACUUAGAUGUUUCCCAUUAAUGAGCGCCCUGCAGCUCAGUUUUUAGAGCAUACAACCACAGCAUCGAUCGGAAUUUGUUGGUGCUCGAAUUCUUUCGCUUUUAUUAAUCUUGAAAUUGCUUCACGGACGAGAAAUUCUCCAAUUCUAUUCAAGACUAUUCCUUGUGAAAACUGAUUCACUUUCCACAGAGCUCCUUGUUACCAGACUGCGCCAAACUAUCAACAACCUCUCGGAUGUAAACAAGAAGCAACAUAGAGCUCUUCAAGAAGAGCGAGGUGAAGUUAAAGAGUUACAAGAACUUCUGAAAUCAGUGAGUAGCUAAGACCACUAUAACUUCUAAGAAGAGUGUGACUAUAGGAGUUCGAAAUUUCCCUUUUGUGAAACAGUGUGCGCGAACCUGCUUCAUUUUGGCGGUAAAACGCAACAGCCUUCAAUACAAAAAGAGGAAUUUUUUUGUUUUGUUUUUAACUUUUAUAGUUAUCAUUAUUUUUAAUGGCGUUGUGGAAAAAAGGCAUGUUAGGGCCCAUUCAAAUUAUUUUUUCUCAUAAAGACAGCAAUAGAGCUCCAUGAAGAGUGUAUUGUUUAACUCUUCCUACUAUCAACAAAUUUAAUUAAUUCGUUCGUGAAAAAGAAACCUUGUAAUCUUAAUUGAGUUGGAUUAAUGUAGCUAAAACCAUUCCUUUAAUAAAUGUUUUAAAACUAUAUGCAACGGGUCUUCAGGCGAGCAAACCAAAAGCUGGGUAGACUCUGACAAUCCUGCAUUAUAACCUGUGAAGGCCCAAGACUCCACAAAAAAUACCGUUGUGAUAACAAACAAGUGAUAUACGUGUACAAACAUGCGUUCAGACUAGAAGAAGCUAGUUAGUUAAGGCGAAAACAGCUGUCUUUCUCUUAGAGGACUCUUUCCAGCUUCACGAUAACAGAUAUGGGUUUCAUUUGUCGAGGUUAAAAUGACCUUUCUUGAGGAGAAGUAAUUUUCAUUCCCUGCUAUGGUACAAUGAUCAAUUUAUGACACUCAAUUUUACAGUCUCCGAUUGGCUUGAAAAUUGCAACUCAACUUUGAAAUGGGUUCAAAGUUUUCUUGCUCAUAAAUGUUCUAGUAGUUCUUUAGGAAUCAAUGAUCGCCCUUUCCAUUUGCAUCGUUCCAAAGGUGUUACUGAUUUUUUUUAACCAUCUAUCUAUUUGGAUCUUUUCAGGCUAUUUAAAGGAAACUUUUUUAUUGCAAAUUCUUAGUUGCACGCUACGUUUCGAAACGAUUACAGCGAAUUAAACUUUAACUCGUUGUGCUUCUCAAUUCACUGUAGAAAAGACAAAAAUGGAAAGAAAGAAAAAAAUGCACUGUGUUGUAGAAUGUGAGUCGAUUCUCAAACUUAAUUUAUGUUCGGAUGAUAAAAACUUCCGUGCCGUGCCAGAAGCGAAAUAAACUUUAACUCGGUGUGCUUCUUAAUUCACCUGUUCACUUUACCCACGUCUUACUUUACAGAGGAAACUGUUACAAUUUUGUCAUCAUGCUUUAGAAAAUAAAAAGAUGGAAAGAAAGAAAAAAAUACACUGUGUUGUAGAAUGUGAGUCGAUUCUCAGACUCAACUUAUGUUCGGAUGAAAAAAACUUCCGUGCCGUGCCAGAAGCCGUGCUUUGCAUAUUUAAUUUAUGUCUCUUAAAAACUUUAAGCUUUUAUCUUUCCUAAUUCUUUUUUCUUGAUUCAUAACAAACGUUCAUUAAGAAAUUGAUACGUCUUUAAUUUAAAUCUAUCAAAUUAAUAAGCGAACCCUUUUGACAAAAGUGGUUACAAGAAAUUUGUUUUUCAUUAAAGAAACUAUGGAGAUGUGAAAUAGCAUAAGAAGCAAUUUUAAAAAAAAAUACACGGUGUAAAUUAACCCUCAGAAUGUUUUUAUGUAAACAUGAAUUUUGUUUCCUUGGACGGCACUCAAUCGCACUGUUAAAACUACUUUUACCGUAAAGAUUUUUAUUAACGCGGGUCACAUUAAUUCUGGAUUUUUCCUCCGCUUGUCACUUUGCAACACAAAUGUAGAUCGCUGCGAAGCAGAUUAUGUGCUAAUGUUAGAGGCUCAGCCAUGUGGAGCAAUUUCGUUCUUUCUUCUACAGAAAGUCAAAACACGCAAGAAUUCUGCUCUGAACGCUCUAUUCAUAACACCAUAUAUAACAGGGUUAAUGGUACAACUUCCAAAGCCAAGAUAUAUGUAUAACAUGAAAACCUGUCGUGGAAUAACAAGUUUAUGUGCAGAGAUGGAAUCAACCAUGUCAAUAAUAGCUAUAGGUCCCCAACAGAGGAUAAAGCCCAGCACAGCUGCGAAUAGUGACUUUGUUAUUUUCACUUCCUCCACAUUCAAUCGAAGAUUCGCCUCUUUUCUAGUAAUGUUCAUCUCCUGAUUGUGUUGUUUGAUGGUUAUAAAAAUCUUGUAAUACGCGAAGGUGAUGAUUCCAAUAGGAACAAAAAUGUAGAUAACAUCCAAAUACGCCGUGUAAGCCAUGUCCAGGUGCGGUGUCUCAAAUUCCAUAAAACAAAUAACUUUACCGUAAUGCACGGUAAAUGUGGCCCAUUGAGUCAUCGAUGAAAGUCCUGCACCAAGAGCUGCGAAAAGUGUCAAGGCAACCACAGAAAUAAACGUUGAUUUUACUUUAAAACGCUGACGAUAAAGGGUGGGUUUCACCACGCGAAAAUAUCGGUUCACCGCCGUUGCAGUCAUAAGCAACAAAGAGUUCAGCGCGCAGAAGAAACAAAAGAAUCCUUGGAAAUGACAAACAGCACUGUUAAAUGGCCACUGUCCUGUUGUGAGAAGAACCACAGACAUAGGCAUACAGAGGGCUGCCAUCAGAGCAUCUGAUAUGGCCAGAGUCACGACGUAGAUGUUCGGUAUGAUGCGAAGUCUUUGAUUACGAUACACUGCCAAGCAGACCAGCAUGUUACCAGUAAAGGCCAGUAUGUUAAUGAGUAUCAUAAGAGCACUUUCCAAGACUACCAAACCAACUGCACGUUGGUGCAGCUCUUGGGAAAGAUUCGUAAGUCCUUCUGUCACCAUUUUAAGAGGAAUAAUAGGAAAACUUUAGAAGCCGUAUGAAUACAUAAAACUUCAGGCUACUGGUAAUUUUCUUCGUGACAUCUUUUCAAUGGGACACCUGUUCUAUUUGAAUUAUGAGGGGGGUGUUAGAGCUGUCCAGAUAAAACCGUUCUCACCCAAAUGCAACACCAAAGCGACCACUGUUUGGCACUUCUUGGAUAAAAUAUUUGAUGCUGUUAAUCUUUGGUACGGCAGGUGUGAUUUUGUUCAUUUUGAGCGGUUAAUGAAUAAAAUGAAAUGCAAACCUUCAUUGUUUAUUUAGUAAAGUCUUGUUGAAAUUAGGUCUUUUAAAGUCUUGAAUUAUCAUAUUAGCCUCAAGUUUGGCGGAUAGUAUGUGAUUGACACUUCCCAAUACGGUCAUGCUACGUGCUUCAAUGAUCGCUUCGUGAAUGUGAGUGAAUCGGUAGAAGGAAACCCGAAAAUAAACCUUAACAAAACCUUACGGAUAGUGGUUUACUUAUCAAUUUAAGACGCGCUACCCUGGAAUCAACAGCUUACAUGUACUUCAUUUGGUUUCUUAUUUUUGCUUUUCAAUUCCCUAUUUAAUGUCACCCUGAAAGAAAAUACAACGACAUCGCAGUCUAAAUUUACGCCAAAAGUAGGUACAGAGUUAUUCUAGAAAAUUUUGUUGUUUAUCGUGGUUUAUAUAGAUAAAUGAACGUUUGUCUCACGAUGUAAGAGCCAGGACAGUCAAUUGUGUAAUGAUGGAGACGUUUCGACCUCUAUACUACUGGUCCUCGUCAGGCGACCAGGUGGAAAGGUGACUUAUAGCACCUUUGUUUAGGAGGAGGAAGUUUUAUGUGGAUGGCUUCUUUAGACCAUACGUGUGUUCCAGUCAGUCGUGAUCAAUAAACCUCACCUGGUCCCAAACAGGAACGUGCCCUGUUUCAUUUGCGUGCUCUGAAAUCGCCGACUAUUGAGUGCGAGUCGUACAUCUCUUUCACCUGUCUUAAUUCUGUCUUCUAUCGCACUCCCUGUUUCACCGAUGAUACUUUGCCACAUUCACACGUGAUCUUGUAAACAACGCCGUCCCGUUAAGCUAACUCGGUGGGAAGUUGAAGUUGCUGCAGAUGAAGUGAUAGUAACUUCUUCUUUUCAUGUUUAGUUUGGACAUAGGAAAGCAGAUCUCUUUUUCCCGUACUGUUUUUGUGGUUAAAUAAAAAGAAAAAGGGCCGGUAAUGAAUAUUGUUGUUUAAAUUUUUGGAAAUUUACUUUACUUUGUUCAUUUAUUUCCUAUUUUUAGGAGAAAGAUAACUUUCAGAAGCAUCUGAUGCAAGUUGAGUCCAAAUCUGAGGCUUAUCAAAUACACCUUGAACGGCUUCACGUAGUGAGUUAUUCAUGUAUUCUGCGAUUCGCUUACACCCACAUUACAGACGUAAUCGGCAGAGAAGUCAUUGGCUGCGAUGUCGCACAGUCCUUUCCCUCCCUCAAACCCUCAAACCACCCUCCCCAAUCAAAUUUCCAUUGCCUUUUAAAUUUCUUGGGAUACAAAGAAACCCUUUAAAAUCGAUGAUGUCAAUCAUUUCGUUUUAAAACCUAAGGAUAACAACUAUUAACUUUCUACUUGAACACGCUUACGUGUUGUCGCUCAAUAAACCCCUUUAUUUUGUUGUCUUCUAUCUUAUAAAGAUAUAAUUCUACUCUUGUUUUUCGCCGACUUUUUCUUUUCACGUUUUGUUUUGGUUCGAUUUCCAGGAGUUCGACGCUGAGAAACAAAAAUAUUCUAGAGAAAAAGACUUGCUGUUGAAUAAAGCAGAAGAACAUCGCGUUAAAGCUAAGAAGUUUGCCGAAGAACUGAGCAAUCUAAAACAGAACCAUAUGCAAACAAAACAAGAAGUGGGUGAAGUUUGUGCAGAGAUGAGAAGGAGUCGAUUUUGUUUUCAGGAUCACGUUUUUAGGUUUAUUUAUUCAUAUAUCUAUUCAUUUAUUUAUUUGAUUUUAGCUAAAUUUGCUCAGAGAAACUCUCGUAACAGAUAUUAAAGAGUUAAAGGAACAUAUCGAAGGAAUGACGACUGAGAUGAAAUCAGUAAGUGAAUUAUUUUCCUGGGAGAUGCUGAGUCGGAAAUAUGUGAAUCCUUAGAUCGACUCAGUACGGAGUAUUAAUUAAGAUUAUCUCCUUUGGUGUUUUCGGGCCUUUUGUGUGAUACAACUGCCUCUCUCUCUUAACUUCUUUACUUAAAUGUAUUGGAUCCAGAUUUCUAUAAGAUAUGAGGAAUAAUUCUGAAAAAGUCAUAAGUUUAGAUUGUUUGCAAAGGAGUAGGUGGCUGACAGACGUUCCUGAUAUUGCUUUGUUCAAAGUCCUUUUUUAAACGAAUAUUUUGGCUUUCUUCGUUUCACAUUGGGGAAAGCUUGAGUUUUCUUUCUCGGAACACCACAGAAUUAAGCGGAUGACAAACACAUUUCAUUUGCAGGAAUUGACUAGAAGCUUGAAGCAGGUUGAAAAUUCAAAAGAAGAAGCAACUGAUGAAUUUGAACGGCUCCGAGACAAAAAAGAAGAAAUGGAAGCUCAGUUUGCCGCAUUACAACAACUGAUCAACUCAGUGAGGACUUUUUAGAUUCAGAAUGAAAGUUUGAUAGCAUAUGAAUAUACUCUUAAUUAAUAGAGAAUAAUACAUGGGCGCGCGUAGAUAUGGAAUUUCCCCUCGAGUGUUUAACUCGAUAGCUCACGAGUGAGCGCGGCGAACGAGUGAGAUGUCGAGUUGAACACGUGCUAUAUCAACAGACGUGAAAAAAUACGAAAUUUUUUCACGUGUGUUGUUACGGCUUUUCUCAGGGCCGGAAAUCCUUGUAUAACACCGCAGUUUAUGUGAUAAGAUUUAGUUAUUACAACCGAUGGAUCUAGACUUCAGAUUUUGCUAGCGGAGGAAUUUUUAAUUAACUGAAAAAUGGGAAUCACUUUUUGCGUAGGCUAGUCUAAACUUAAAAAUUUUAAUUUCAUAUUUCACGAAGAUGUAUAGGGUUUUUCAUACAGGCCACAUACAUAGAAUUUGUGUAAGCGUAUCUGGUAGUCAUGUCAUGAGUGAAAUCACUCUAAAAUAUUUAUUUUGUUUCAGGCCAGGAAAUUGGUAUUGAAGGAGGAGAAACAAAAAUCCGAAAAUUCCAAAAGAGAGGUAAGGUGUAUAACUGUAGUAUUUGAAUUGUGUCUACAGUAAUCUUUGUCUCUUGUUUCUGUGGUAAGAAAUAUCAAGUGAUGAAUAUUAACUGACCCGUGCAUACGAGACUUAUCCAAACACGGCAAAUUCCCCCGCGCUACAACAAACUUGACCUGAGUAUAGUAAAAAAUAUGAAUGUGGAUUUUAGAAGCUGAUGCCGUAAUUAGUGUGUUACAGAAGAGACUGGGAUUUUUGUAGUUUUUGUAUAUCCACGUCAAUAACUCUUUUUUGUGUUUUUCAGAAAGAAGACGCACUAAUCAAAGAGAAGAGAGCAUUACUUAAGCAGCAACAGAGUUUUCUACGAGUAAGUUUUGAUUGAUUGUCACAUUUUGCAGACCCUUCUAAGUUACAGGACCGAGAAAUAAAUGGAUUGAGAAGUUAUUGACUUUCAUUCUCAGGCUCAAAUUAGAAAACAGAUGUCAACUAGGGCGGACAUUCUUGACGAGGAAAGAAAAAGGGCAGAAGCUUCCCUUGAAGGACUAAAAAGCAAGUUAAAGAAUCUGGAAGAGGUAUAUUGAAUGAUACUAGUGAAAUCAUUAGAAAGUAUCUCUCUUAGCUAGACUACUCUUUUUUUACCCAGUCUAGUUUUAAUCUUUAAUCACAGACCGUUAGUUUAUGGGACUACUACCACUUUGAGCUCGAGUUGUCCCAAACGUGUAGUAGAGGGCGCGUGCGACCUGCAUUAUCCGUGCGGGAAAAACUGAAAAACCGCCAACAUUACAAGAUGAGUUUAUUUCUAUUGAUUGAGGUAUUAACAUAUCAGUAGUUUUAUCAAUUUUCGUUCAGUGAGAUUCAUUUAUGUUCGAUAAAAACAGUGGUUCAAACUUUGCUGCUCACAAAGAGUUCAAUAAAGCUUUACGAGGCACAUGUUUUGUUAGCUUUCCGUAUAAAACCUGAAUGGUAGUUCAACUUGUUCUGGAAUUUAAGAUCUCUAUUGCAUUUCUUUCAUUCUCUCUGGCAGAGGCAUGUAUUGAGAGUAACUUUUUACUUUGAGUUGAUGGAGAGCAUGCUUGUAUGUUUUAUUUUAAUUCUUCAGGUUAUAUCAAGGAAAGAUGUCAGUGUCCAGGACUUCCGUUAUAAAGUAAGAACAUACCGAUAUAUGAACCUUUCCGUAACUUUCACUGAGUUUCACUGUUUGAAACACUUCUAAAGUGUUUCAAACAUAAAACAUUUCAUGUAUAUACUCAAUAACUGUUGCCACUUCCUCUUUAUUUUAUGUAGCUCUUGAGAGAUAGAGUUGAAGCAGAGAAAGUUGCAGACUCUAACAAACAAAUUGACGAACUAAGAAGACGAUUACGUCAACUGGAAGACGAAAAGGAUUUAAUCACAAGUCAAAGGAAUCAUUUGGUUGCGUUGAAUGAAGGCGCUAAUGUACAAAGUUCUCCACUUAACUUAAAAGAAUAUGUGACUGAAAGAAAUACGAAGUUGAUUUCUGUCAGACCCAGACGCUCCCUUGACUCUCUCACCGAUGAUAAAUUGUAUGCAAGAUCUGUGAAACAUGACGAGGAAGUUCCAUGCCGUGAUGAGGUGGGUCAAACCACAAGUUUGCCUCUUCAUUUUCAUGGCAAAACCUCACUUGAUAAACUCGAACCCAACUCUGUGUCACAUGACGUAGAGGUUAAAAAAGAAGUUGGCUUGGACUACGGGAUGAGAAACACAAGGAUCGUGACCAAGCGAAACCUGGGUUUGGAGCCGAACGAAAAUCCUCCAGAUCAUUCAUACGAACAAAUUGCGAUAAACUCGUCCUUACCAAUGUUGAGAGAAGAUCUUUCAGAAGAUUUUGUUGAAAAAGAUUUACCUCUCUCUGCAAUUUCCAAAGAAAGCGAAACGAAUAAGCUUUAUCCGACUACCGUUGGUCCAACAUCUGACCGUCGGAGACUGGUACAAGGGAUGAAGGAGCAGCAGUGGAAACCUGACAGGAACGCAGUUCGUUCAAGAGGUGAGGAUUAAGCUUAGAGACUCUUUGUGCCAAGUACACGAGGUAUACGUGUGCUUUAAGAAGAGUUCUUUAUUUCACCACGGUCGUCAAUUUUAAGAUAACGUUUUCUCUUGUUGAAUCUUUUAGAUAUAUCUUCAUCUACUUUCGCUGAUGACAAAAAAAGCGAGGUAAGAAAAACAGAGAGAAUUAAUGUCACUCCUUACAUAAAUGAGUAUUUUGUUUUUGCCAUGUUAAUUUUCAGUCAAGCGGUGAAGGUGAAUCCUAUAAUGGACCACUUUGAUGAUAUAGGGCUUUAAAACAUUUUGUGAAACGCAGCAAUCGAUGUCGCUGAUUGGUAGAUAAGAUCGAAUUUAGCAAAUGUGACACUGUAAUAUCAUGAGGGCCCGUCCCUGAAGUGACAAACUUUUGAAAAGCUGGGAAUACCAGGAGGUAAAAAGCUAUCAUACUUUCAUAAGUUUGCAACGGAUUCCGCCAAAAAUUUCCGAAUUUUCAAACUCGGCGUGAUGAAUUGAUAAUGACUUUUGCAUUUCUCAAAUGAAAAAUGUGAAAGGUGAUAUUAUGGGGAAUUUUUUGUUGAAGUCUUCAGUGGUAAGUUAUCUUUCUUCGAUUGUGACAAGGAAAAUAGUGACUUUGAACAGUUUACAGCCACCUAUACUAAUACGACACUCACCUUCUUGUAUCCUUUAGUUUCUGUCUUCAGUUCAUCGUAUAAAGAAUGAAAAGGUCAAAGAGCUUGAACUCAGUUUGCGGAGGCUCUUCUUUACGUGACUUCAGGAAAGCUUCAAAGACUUAACUUGAAAGGAGUCUUAACGUUUCUACGACGAUGAAGAAAACCACUCCUUACAACAUCUUCAAGGGACGAAAGGUUUUCAUCUUUCAUGGUCUUUCGAGUGGCGAUGUGUCCUAAUAACAGAAGUAAAGGAAAACCAAAGAUGCAUUUUUCAGCCUAGAAGGAGGACCAGGAAAUGAAGGGGAAAAGUAUUGUUCACUUUGAAAAAACUGUGGCUCGAUUAAUAGGACAGUUUACGUGUAUAUAAAUAACAGACUACGAAGCUGAAAGAACGAAAUAACAGACUGCGAAGCUGAAUGAUUUCUUGUAAUACUUUGGCUCGGAGUUAUUUUUGAGCACAAUGACAAAUUUAAAGUUGUUUCAAAAGAAAUUUAAGAAAAGUGGAAUAUUUUCAGAGCAGAUAUAUGGUGUUCUUUUGACUUAUAUUUUUAUGUCUUAAUUUGCAUUUUUCAAAAACUUAAUGCAAAAUAGCGAGUUAACUUCUGUCUUUUGUAACUGAUCGAGUCGUUUAAGGACAAAACCAAUGCAGACUACCCCAACCUUUUUUCAAAAAUGUGUUUUGAAUUUCUCAGCGCUUUUCCCCCUAACUUCAAAAAAUCUUUUAUCAAAAAUCACUUGGCAUAAACAGUUUAUUCUUAUUAUGGAAUUUUCUGUCAGCAAUGAAAUGGAACAUCCAUGAUAUGUUACUAAGGAUUUUUUUAAUUUGCC